AUUUAAAAAACAUGGAGGAAAUCAGAGUGAAACAUAUUUUGCAGAAACACACCUUGUCCAGGAACCCACACGACUCUUACAGAGAUAAGCCAAUCACUAGGUCUAAAGAAGAAGCCAUUGAGAAUAUUGAGAAGAUAAGAGAUGCCAUUAUCAAUGAUGGCAAAUCCUUCGCUGACAUUGCUAGCGAGAUCAGUGAGUGCAGAUCAGCAGCCAAUGGAGGCGACCUUGGCUUCUUCGGUAGAGGAAUGAUGCAAAAAGAAUUUGAAGAUGCUGCUUUCGCCCUCAGCGUUGGAGAAAUCUCUGGUCUUGUAGAUUCAGACUCUGGAAUCCACAUCAUCUUGAGAGAGGAAUAA